GGUUGCACUAAGUUUUACAAAAACUGCCACAAUGCUGUUUUCUCUCUCUACUGUCACUGUGCUUGUACCAAUUCUGUCCUUAUUUGGACUCAUGUACUCUGCAAGUGUGGAUGAAAACUUCCCAGAGGGUUGUACAAGCUCCAGUAGCGUCUGUUUCUACAGUCUCUUGUUGCCGGUCACUAUUCCUGUUUAUGUGUUUUUCCAUCUGUGGAAAUGGGUGGGAAUCAAGCUGUUCAGACACAAUUAGAACAUUGAUUUAAUUAUAAAUGUAAAUAAAGGUUUAUGUAAACAACAUGA